AUGGCCAUAGUGAGAAAGUAUUCCAACUUUUCGGAUAGCUACUCGAGAAUUAAAAAACUUGGGGGUGGAGCCUAUGGAGACGUUUAUCUCUGCAAACAUGACGUAUCACAGCAGGAAUGUGCUGUAAAGGUCAUAAAUAAGCAACACCUUGGAAGUACAAACUCGUCAAUAUAUUCGGAGGUCGGAGUUUUGAAAAAUAUGGACCACCCAAACAUUGCAAGAUUGUACGAUUUUUUUGAAGAUUCACAGGCAUGUUACAUUGUAAUGGAUGUCUGUUAUGGUGGAGAAUUGUUUGAUGAAAUUGUAAGAUGUGGACAUAUGAGUGAGCAAAAGGCUUCUUUAAUAAUCAAACAAGUUUUAUCUGGCGUGAAUUAUCUACAUAAAAAUGGUAUUGUACAUAGGGAUCUAAAGCCAGAAAACUUACUCCUGGAUGCAAAGGAAUCACAGGAAAUGCAGAUUAAAAUUGUGGAUUUUGGUCUAUCUACCAAAUAUGUUGAGGGCAUGAGAGAAAAGAUGGGAACUGUCUACUACAUUGCCCCGGAAGUUCUAAAAAAAGAUUACAACGAAAAGUGUGAUCUGUGGUCAGUUGGUGUAAUAUUGUAUAUUUUACUCUGUGGAUAUCCACCAUUCGGUGGAGAAACUGAUGAAGAAAUCAUUUCAAUGGUCGAAACUGGUAAAUUCUCAUUUAAUAGUGCUGAGUGGAAUGAUGUCUCAAGUGAUGCAAAGGACUUGAUCAAUCGUUUGCUUACAUUUGAUCCUAAAAAGAGGCCAAGUGCAGAACAAGCACUGAGGCAUCCCUUCAUCUGCAAGUUCUCUACAGGUUCUUUACUUAAUGAGGACGCUGCAGUACAUGCUGAUUAUCUGCACAACCUCAAAAAAUUCAGAAAAUCGGAGAAACUUGCAGAAGCUGCAAUGCUUUUAAUUGCAAAUCGAUUUACAAGCAACGAAGAAGUUAAAGAAUUGUCGAAAUUAUUCACGGAAUUGGAUAUAAAUGGAGAUGGGACAUUAGACAGAAAGGAACUCAUUGCAGGGUAUGGAAAGAUCCAGAAAAUGAGAAAUGAAUGCGAAAAGUUAAGUGCCAGUGAAGUUGAAAAGGAAGUAGAUUCGAUUCUUGAAGCUGUGGAUUUUGACAAAAAUGGCUUCAUCGAUUAUUCAGAAUUCAUCACUGGCUGUAUCGACAAAAACAAACUACUAUCAAAUGAACGACUAAAACUUGCAUUCUCAACAUUUGACACUGAUGGAUCUGGAAAAAUCAGCAAAGCCGAAAUUGCGUCAAUCUUUGGUAGGACAAAGAUUCCAGAUAACACGUGGAAUGCGAUAUUAGAUGAAAUUGACACCAAUGGAGACGGAGAAAUUGAUUUCGACGAAUUUGUCCAAAUGCUAAACAAAAUCACAGAAUAG